AUGGGUUACGAUCAGCAAGUUGGUAACAACAACGAUGGUGAUGAUAUUGUCAUUGAAAAAACUGAAAUUUGUAUGGAUCAGCAUCGUUAUGAUAUGCCUGGGCAAUACCCAAUUGAAUCCAAAUCACAAGUUGGCAACAACAACGAUGGUGAUGAUAUUGUCAUUGAAAAAACUGAAAUUUGUAUAGAUCAGCAUCGUUAUGAUAUGCCUGGGAAAUACCCAAUUGAAUCCAAAUCAGAACAUGAAGAAAUGAUUCGUGAAAAAGAGAAGGACACUUAUAAUUAUCUUAACAAUGAAUAUUCAAAUAGUAGCUCAACAAUUAUAAAUUCAAGAAAAAAUCAAUUAAAACCCAAUCGGUUUCCAAAAUUCUUAGCACUCGAUAUAACACUUGGAAAUAAAAAUAUUAGCAAAUAUUUUGACAUGAAGCAAGAGGAUUGUGAUGGAUUUGUAUUACAUAAAAUCAUAUAUGAUGCAUUUAAUAAAAAUGCAGUAUAUUAUUUUGAAACAGAAUUUCGAAAUCUUGUAAAAUUUAUUCUAGAUUGUUCGUUGAAUUGUUGGAUAAACCAAUUCGGAAUUGUGGUGAUUUUAAAUGUAGACCCCAGAGAAAUGAGAAUGGUCCCUUUAACAGGAUUUAUAAAAAGCAUUCGCAAUAUUUGUGAUAUUCAUACAAUAGAUAUUAUCGUGAUAAGAGAAGUUACUGAAUCAAAUUUAGCUUAUACCAAACGUGAACUUCGAGAGGCCAGGGCUACAUUGUUAUUGGCUCGUAGAGAAACGAUGAAGGAUGCUUUUAUUUUACUUAUGGACCAUUUGUAUGAAUAUUAUAGCAGAUCAGGAAAAGGAGUAAUCAAAUUUUAUAAUAGGGACGAACUUUAUUAUGAGUUUACUAAUUUUUAUAAUCCAAUAAAGAAAAUAUCGAUAGAUGGUGCAGAUUGGCCAACUACUGAACAUUAUUUUCAAUCAUCAAAAUUUGAAAAUCCAACAAUUCGUAAAAAAAUUCAAUAUGCAAAAUCAGCAAGAGAAGCAUUUUCAAUUGCUAGAUCAUAUGAUAAAGAGAAAAGAGCAAAUUGGGAAUCGGUGGUGUCAGAAGACAGGAAGAUAUUCAAAGAGUUAAUUAUGAAAAAAGCAUUAAAGUGUAAAUUUUCACAAUUUCACUAUUUACGAUUUAAAUUACUUUCUACGUGUGGUGCUGAGAUAAUAGAACAUACGUCGAAUGAUAGGUAUUGGGGAGAUGGUGGGAAUGGUGAGGGAUUAAAUAGAUUAGAUGACGAAUCAAGAAGAUUUAGAGGAUUUUGUUUUGUCUAUUUCAAUAACAAACACAAAGGAGAUGAAAAGAUGGAUCUUGGAGAAGAUGGUGGAGCAAAUGAUGUAAAUGGAAAGAUGGGAAAUGGAGGAGCUGAUAAUGAUUAUAAUCUAGAAGAUCUUAAAUUACAUAUAAUUCCAAAAAUUAAAUGGAACAGAUUAAGAGAUGAAUAUCUCAACUUAUUACAAAAUGCUCAAGAAAAAAUACCACAUCGUAUUCUUUAUGCUGAAAAUAUUCCAUCAGAUUGGAACAAAUCACAAUUAUUGGUAAUUAACCUACCUAGUCAAUUAAUAGAAAAUUAA